UCUGAAUCUACCUUAUGAAAAUGCUGCUCUUCACUGGAGUGGGGGAAAAAGAGAUACAUUCUGGCAGCAUGUUUAUCCUAAUGCUUGCGCCUCUGAGAUAAGAAGUCUGCAGAGACAUAGAAAGGAUUAAAUAAGAAUCUCUACUUAUCAGAGACAGAUUCAGUGUUGAAGAAUGGCUAAUUUUGACAAUAGCCUCAGCUUGGAAGAUGCUUUAACUGACACACCACCAGAAAUUGAGGAAGAAAUAAAACGGGACUUCAUGAGCACGCUAGAAGCAGAGGCAUAUGAUGAUGUGGUGGGAGAAACUGUGAGCAAAACAGAUUACAUCCCCCUUCUGGAUGAUGAUGGGAAAACUGGGAACUCAGAGUCCAAGAGCAAACCUCAUUUGGAUGGUGGUCAGGUUGAAUGCAUUACACCCACUAAACCACCAGUGUUAGCCAACGGUGAUCAUGAACUAGAAGAGAAUGAUACCACAGAUCCUUAUCAGAUGUACCAAAGUAAUAUGUUGUCAGAUUUGCUGUUUGUCUCUCCUGGAAUGGUGAACAGCUCACCAUUUGCAGAGCAUGUGGAUUCUUCAAAAGAUAUUGCAAAUAUGCCCUCUUUUGAUCCAUAUGUUUCAAGAACUGAGACAGGGUCAGGAGGAUGGCCUAUGGAAGCCCAGACUCCUCCUGCCCCUUCACCCUUUGUCUUUCUGGAAGAGUCUGUACCUCAGUCUCUACAAACUAUAGCAGAGCCAAUCAAGGAGGUAGAGAUGGAGAUGGGAUUAACUCAAGAGGAAUCACCAGUGAAGGAGGUAGAAAUGACCCUGGCACCAACUAUGGAAAUGCAGAAGUCACCAGCAGCAGAGCUGACACCAGUCAAGGAGAUGAAGAGUGAACCAGUAAUGGAGGAGCCAGCAGCCAAGGAAGUAGAGGGUGAACCAGUUACGGACCUGAUAUCAGUCAAAGAGGCAGAGCAUGAACCAGCUCCAGUGGUGGAAUCAGUCAAGGAGGCAGAGGAUGAGCCAGCUUUCAAAGUAGCACCAGACAGUGAGACUCUGGCAGACCCAGCCUCAGAGAUGGCGCCAAUCUAUCAGAACCAAGAGGUUCUGUCCCAGCAGAGCCAAGAGGUUCUGUCCCAGCAGAGCCAAGAGGUUCUGUCCCAGCAGAGCCAAGAGGUUCUGUCCCAGCAGAGCCAAGAGGUUCUGUCCCAGAAGAAUCAAGAGGUACCAUUUAUGGAUGUUGAAUUGACCAAGGAGAGUGAGGUAAUGCCAGUUGGGGAAGCCCAGAUGGUAUCCGCUGUGGAGGUUGGGAAGAUGCCAGCUGCAGAGGUGGAACCGACCCAGGAAGCCCAACUGACACCGACCAUGGAAUUGGCCCUGACCAAGGAGACAGACGUGGUCACAACACCCACUAAGGAUGUGAACGUAGAGGAAACAAGUGAGGUUCGGGGACUUGCAUCUCCCCAGGCUGAAGGGAGCCCGGCUUUCAAAGCCUCACCAGAAUCCCCUGAGAUACCUGCCAUGGGUGGUUUUCAACCACUGCAAGAACAGAAACUACAGGAAGUUCUUUCUCCUAAUGUAGAACCAAGAACAGAUUCCAAAGUGACUGAUAUGAAUCAUUUUGAAGAAGCAGCUUCUCUUCCUGUAACUGAAGUGAAUCCUUUUAAACCUUUUCCUGAGAAUUCCCCAGCUUUAUCUACUGAAGUACCUUUAGAACCAGUUGCAGUUAUGGAACAAAAAGUAUACUUACCAGAAACCUCAGUUUCUAUAGAAGAUAAAGCUUUAGAAAAACUGAAAGAGAUUAAAGCCCUGGUGUCUUCUCCAGAGAUUAAAGCAGAAAUACUGAAUACAACACCAUUAAUGCAAACUAAAACGUCCCCAUUAGAAGAAACCAUUCCUCCUGUUGAUGUCACUGAAUUAGAAAAACCAAAAGAAGAGACAGAGAGCCAUCUCAUCUCAUCUUCAGAGCAUCCUCUGGAACCCACAGGUGCCCCCAAUGCCCAAGCAAAACAAGCUUACAAACCCAGUGACCGCAGGUUUGGUACCCCCAAGCCUGCAUCUCUUAUGGAAGUGCCCACUGAGCUGUUGGGAAGCCAUUCUCAGCAGAAGACUCCUGAUCAAAGACUAGAGCCCUUCUUUUGGUCUGAAUCAGGAUGGACUGGCUCCUCCCCCAGACCUAGGUUUUCCCAUAGGAGGACUCCCCAUACUGACUUCUUGGAAUCUCAAAGAAACCUAGGAAGGGAACCAUGGGAUGUGGAAUGCACGCCAGCAACAUUAAAGAAAAAGAAGAAAAAAUCUAAGCAAAAGCGGUAUCUUCAAUCCCCAGUUGGGGAACCUUGGGAUGAAAAUAACGAAGUAUCCAAAGCUCAUCUCACAGGAGCUGACUCAUCAAAGGCAGGUGUUACAGCAGGGCAACCCACAGCCACGACCAAAGACUACAAGCUUGUGUCCAAGGAGAGCUCCAGAAAAGGAGCUGUAGCUCGCCCUAGAGAAGGCAAGCUGGCAGCUGCUUCCUCUGCCUUAGAGAGGUCGAUGCAGGAGCCCUUCAGAGGUGAGAGCCUUCCUCAGAUUGCGGGGAGUACAAAGGAAGGAAGGAGCCCUGUGAACGUAAAAGAGGUCCGGGAUGUUGACAAGGGCCCAGUGAACAAGGAGGCUCUGCCUCUUGAAGGGAAGCCCCAGCCAGGUAAAGGUGAAGAUUCCACUUCAGGGCUGCUGACUCCUCCCUUGGAUCCUGCUUUGGAUAAAGUAGAGGCAGUGGGAGUGUUGGAUUCCAAGCUACCCCAUCCAGAAGGUUCUCAAAACAAACAAGCAGAAACUGCUUUUGAGCCCAAACCUGAAGAAGGAGGCUUUGUUAAAAAGAACCACGAAGUCAAGGAUAUAUCAAAGUGUAAAACACCCCAAGGCCAGAUAGAGGCAGAUCAUGUGGCAAAUAGUCUAAAGGGGAGUACUGGUGAAAGCAAACCAGCUGCCCAGUGUACAUUAAAGUCACCAAGUCUUCUGAAGAAUAAAGUGGAACCGAAUGUAACCAAAACACCCGUACCCCAAACUUUUCCUGAGCAAAGUCAAGAAAUAGGAAGCCUUGUUUCUGAGCAGCCAUGGUAUUGUGUGCCAGGUCCGAUCCCUCAUAAAGGGAUGGAACAACCCGAGAAAAUUGGUGGUAAUCAAGGGAGAAAAACGAGAGAGAGUGUAGAACUUCCAUUCAUUCUGGAGACACAGAAGGAUGGCAUAAACCUUGGGGCAAGUGGGAAAACACCUGAAACAAAAGAGAAGAAUGUCCACAAGGAGCAUAAAGGAAUAGAAUCUAUGUCUUCCAAUAAGAUUUUAGAGACAAUGCCUAGUUUCAUUAAGCCUAUGUCUGAGGAACCCAAAGAGAAGGUUGACUCAAUUGUGAGUGUUGAAAGUACCUCAAAAGUAGCAAGUUCAUUAGAUAAUAAGAUAGACACAGGUAAAACUUUUGAAGCUGCAAUAGAGAAAGGUUCAGAAAAGGGUAUUACUGGGAAGAGCAAGGAAGGAGUGUCCCCUGUUUCCGAAUGUCUCUUGGCAAACUCCCCUGAGUCUCUUCAAGUUUCAGAGAAACCUAAAAAAAGGGGUAGUGAUGGGAAAAACAAAAAGUUUAAAAAAAGUUAUUCUGGACAGUCUGCUCCUUUGGAGAGCAAAAUAGAUGUACAUGUAUUACCUAUUGCAGACAAAAAUGGAAACCAGGACAAACAAGUUGAUUCCUUUGAUAAAAAUAAGGAGGUCAUAACCCUUCCCUCCAAAACUCCUGAUCCUUUGUUUUUAGGAGUUUCGGACAAAUCUGGUAAAAGGUCAGUUGAUGAAAAAGAGAGACUUGCUGAGCCUAGUUCUUCUGAGCCCUGGACAUUCAUUGAGGACACAAGGCACAUUGCUAAGAACUCUCCUUCUAUUGUCUCAGAUGUUAAUAAAACAAAUCUUAGAUACAAGGAACAAACACUUCCUCUAGGACCUCCCUUCUCAGGGCAGCAAGUGGAGGAUAAGAUAGAAAUGACUGUGGGUCAAACUGUAGUGUCUGACAAACCAAAGAAGAGAAGUAUUGAUGGGAAAAGUAAAAAGAAUAAAGAUACCCACCCUCCCAUAGAGAAUAAACCAGGUACAAUUGGAGAACAGGUUCCUGCAAAAACCAAAACAGAAUUUAAAGUUGAGGGAAUGAGCUGUGUAGAUGAAAAUAGAAAUAUUACAUAUUGCUGCUCAGAACCCUCAAAUAUUUUGUCCAGUGAGACAAAUUCACUCAAGACUUCCCUAUUGUCUGAAUCAGAAGUUUCUUGUAAACCACAUUCUCUAAUUUUUUCAGAUGCAGGAACGAGUGACUCUCUUCCAUUAACCUUAUCAGAAAGUGGGAAAGAGACUUCCCAGGCGCAGGUUUCUAAGUUACUAUCAUUAAAUGACCCCAGAAAAGAUACAGUUUUGGGCGAGGAAAGAGCAGAUAGGCUAGGAAAAGGUCCUCCAGUUAAUUCCCUUCCCAGCGUAGCAAUUCCAGAUGUUAGGGUAGCCACAGAAACAGAAAAAGACCAAGGGAAUCACAGCAUUAAGAAAACAGGUGAGUUCAGCUUACCUGGCCAUGUUGGCCCACUACAAAAUCAAGCACAAGUGGAUAGAGGACAGGGAGGACAGGAAACAGUAAGGAGUGAUGAGAAAGUCAAAGAAAACCAUUUCCAUGAAUCAGUGAAAGAUAAUCUCACUGAGCCAGUAAAGGAACAGAUUCAUCUUCAAGAUGCCAGUCGAGGACUGGAGGAGAAAAGCAUGGAUAAAAAGUGUGCAGACGGGAUCCCAGGGCUCAUUGAGAAACAAAUAGAAAAAGGGAAAGACCUGGUGACAGAUGGAAUUGUGCCAAGCAAUAAAAGUGAAAAACUGGAUUUUCUUGAGGACAAGCCUAGUCAAGGGUUAGAUUCCAAGGACAUAGUACGUUUGGAUAGCAAGGUGAAUAAAACUGUUCUGCCUGCUGAACAGGAGAAAAACAAAAUGGGAAAACUCAGUUCUAUCGACCAGGAAGGCAGCCUCCUGCAGCCCACGGAUCCCACAGCAGAUUUGUCAGGUAAUAAGGAAGAAACUACCCCACCAAAAGCGGUGGCAGAUAAUGUGUCACCAGUUGUUACUAAGGAUAUUCAAUCCCCAAAGCCUAAAGAGACCGUCUUAGAGGCAUCUCCAAAGUUGACAGAAAAAUCUGCAAAGAGAGGACUGGGAGACGGAAAGACAGAAGCAAAAAGCAAAACGGCAGAGCCAUUGAAAGGCUACAUGAGACCAACGAAAUCCCGGGGCCUUACACCGCCGUCACUGAGACCCAUCGCUCUGGACCGAGAGAAAGCCAAGCCUCUGCGGGCUCCCGCUAAACCAGACGAAGUUCAGCCAUCUGCAAAUUUGAAUGGAAAUGAUAUCACUGCUCCUCCGAACAAGGAGCUCCCCCCAAGCCCAGAGAAGAAAACAAAGCCAUCAACCACUACUCCAUCUGCAAAGACUGCUACUCCGAAAACCAAAUCAGUGCCCACUCCCACCCCCAAGAGGCCAGUUUCCACCCUUCCUGGUGGACCAAGCAAAAAACCCAUGAGCCCUGCUCCAGGCCUAGCAUCAGCCACCCCACCCAAACGACCUGCUGCCGCCACUGCCGCCACCCGGUCCUCUUCCUUAAUUUCAAGAGAUGGAAAACCAAAGGCUAUUGAUGCAAAGAGCCCUGAGAAACGAACCCCAUUAUCCAAAUCUCCUUCUGCUACCGCUACUAAAACUGCCUCAAAGAAUACCCCAACUACCCCACGAGUCACAGUGGCUGUUUCUUCCAUGACAACUGGUGCAGCCAGUAGGAGCACCUCUUCUUCUCCUCCCAAGAAGCCUUCCUCUCUCAGGAACGAGUCCAAGCCGACAGACAUCAAGAAGACUACUACAAAAUCCUCACUAGCGGACUUGAGUCGUCCAAAGAGCGCUCCUACCAUUGCUCAGAAGACCACCAGCACCGUGUCUUUGGGAGGUCCCCCCUUGUCAGGAACAGCUUCCAGCCGGGUCAAGCCCAAACCUUCCACCCUGAGGCCGACUACAACCCCCGCUGUGGACACUAAGAAGCCAGGAGUGCCUAAGGCCACCCCAGCGAAACCAAAUUCUACAGCACCACGACCAAGUCGCCCAUCCACUAGCAUCUCUGUGCCAGACCUGAAAAACGUCCGGUCCAAGAUUGGCUCCACGGACAACAUCAAGCACCAGCCAGGCGGAGGCCGGGCCAAAGUAGAGAAAAAAUCAGAGGCCAUCGGUACAGCACGAAAGCCUGAACCCAGUGCAGUCACUAAAACAACCACCACCUUUAAAGCAGCUGAAACAAAAGAGAGUGCACAAAAACAGCCCAAUGGGAAAGUCCAGAUAGUCUCCAAAAAAGUGAACUACAGCCAUGUUCAGUCCAAGUGUGGUUCCAAGGACAAUAUUAAGCAUGUCCCUGGAGGUGGGAAUGUGCAGAUACAAAAUAAGAAAGUUGACAUUUCCAAGGUGGCCUCAAAGUGUGGCUCCAAGGCAAAUAUCAAACACAAACCUGGAGGAGGUGACAUCAAGAUUGAAAACCAGAAGCUGAACUUCAAGGAGAAGGCCCAGGCGAAGGUGGGAUCCCUGGAUAAUGUGGGGCACUUGCCUGCAGGUGGCACAGUCAAGAUUGAAACCUACAAGCUGACGUUCCGCGAAAACGCCAAGGCCCGCACUGACCACGGAGCGGACAUUGUCUCCAAGCCCUCCCCCUUCCCCGGCGGCGCCGCCUUCACCAGCCACAGCUUCAGCUCCCUCGCCCCGGCCGCCCCGUGGCAGCAGCAGCAGCAGCAGCAGCAGUAGCGCUCCCGCGGGAGAGCUGCCCCAGAGUCCGGGCCUGCCGGCCUCUCCGGGAGUCCCUGCGUCUCCCCCUCCCCCCCUCCCCGUGCUGCAGCUCUUCAUUCUCCGCUGUCAGCUUCCAUCGGGAAAGGGGCGCCUUCCACCGCAGGGCUUGGAGGGAGGGCGGGGCUAGAGGCCGGAAGAAAGCUGAAGCUCCUCCCCACUGUCAGCCUUCCAGCCCCGCCCAGUCCCGUGCAUGUCUCAAACCUGGCUUUCUUCCCCCCCCCACCCCCACCCCCACUAAAGCUGAUGUCCUAGACACCCACGGGGCCUGGGCCGCCCCCAGGAGCCGGGCUCACCAAGGGUGGCUCCAACGGGAGAAGCUGGCAGCCCAUUUCUCGGUUUUUGCCUUUUCUUUUUUUUUUUUUUUUUUUUUUUAAAGAAAAAAAGAGAAAAACUAAAAAACCAACAUAAAUUUUGUUCUUGCUGCUUAAGUUUCUGGUGUUCCUAUUUAAUGAAAAAAUAUAUAAUGCACACACACUAGGCUGUUCUUACCCAGUAAUUAUAGCUUUUUCUUUUUUUGUGAUGAAGUGUUUCCUUGUGCUUCCCAGCCCCAUGUAAGUUUCCUUUAUUAAUAUUUCCCCCCCUUGCUCCCCUUUUCCCAACCCCCACAGUCCUAGGAGAGGUAGAGACGGUAAUCUCCAUACUGACAUACAUAUCCAUGCAGGUGUAACUUCUUUCUUUUUUAAUAAUCUCGAGAACAGAUGGAAAUUUUUUUUUUUUUUUUUUUUUAUGGGUCGAAGCCAUGUCUGAAGAGAAAGUACCAAGAAUGUGUGGAAGGGAAGAUGGCCUUGGGAAACAUUUCAUUCAGUUGCUGUAAUGGAUUAGCUGGGGGCCAAAGGGCUAGUGGGAGAAAAUUGGAAGGCGAGUCUGAUGUGCCCAUCUCGCCGGGAGGCCCACUCCCCCAGGGAGGUGGCCAAGAGGAGUAGUGGGAAUGGGACAGGAGUCGGGGGCUUACGAUAAAUAGUUGGGAUUUUUUUUUUUUGGGAGAAGGAACCAGUUUGACGUGUGAUGAUCAUGGGAUUUGUGUGUGUGUGUGUGUGUGUGUGUGUGUUGGGGGGUGGUCUUUUUUAACAAAGACUGGUCAUGGGGGUUUAUGUACUGUAUCAUGCCACAGGAUUGAGGUUCUGAAGAAUCAGGAAUCCUCUCAUCAAGGAGAUAUUGCAGAGCAUGAAAUUGGGUUUUGAGGGACAGGGGCUCAGUGGGGCAGAUGAAGUGCUCCAAACAGCUUUGUCCCCAGGGGCAAGUGGAUUUUAAGGGGGGGCAGGGGGUGAAUCGGGUUUGACAAAGAAGCAAAAAAAAGAAAAUUAGAAAUGGUGGAAGAGAGCCUGAUUAAGGAGAGAAGGAUAGGGAUGAGGAAUGGACCAAGUCCAGAGCAGUCCCCUCAAGGGCCAGGUGUUCCUUUUGGGGAAAGUUAAAGAGAAUGACGUGAAAUCCUGGGAUCUGUAUGACACAUGAAGAUUCUUAUUGCACUUGUAUUUUUUAUAUUAAAGUUUGCAUGGUUUCUAAUAAAAAGACAUUAAAACAUAACGUAGUUUGCAUUGAAAAUGUCUGGGAGUCUUUUAAGUGAUUUCUCCUCCUGAAUAACUAGAUCCAUCAGUAUAGCUUUGCAUGUGACAAAGGAUUGGCCACCAAUCAAUACUCAGUCCUGACCUUUUUCCUCUGACUUUUGGCCCCAGUGGCAGAAUGGCCAAUUAGCUUUUGAGGUUGGAAUUUAUUUAAGUUUAAAUGUGAUCCUUCAGCUGUGUAUUUUGGGGGAAGACACUUUUCUCUCUACCACACUACUUUGUUCACCAUAUUCUUUUUGACUUUGACCUAGUCAUUUUGACCUUCCAGCCCAUCCAUCACCUUUUCCUUUUACAAACUUCCAUGGGAUAGGAGAUUGAACAAGAUAGAAAGGGAGUAACUGCAGAUUUUAGUGAUGAUGGAGGGGCUGGUUUUAGUAUCUGUCCUCAGCAAUGCCCAAGCAGUCCUCCUGGACUGGGGAGCAAGUUUAUAGAGGUUUCUAGCCAAGUAAUUCUUGGGAUAAAGCUGUGACUUUGUUCCUGAGCUCCAUGAUAGCUAAAGGCUUUUGUUUGUGAUGAUCAUGAGUUACUGUACAUAGAUCUCAAGCUCAGCCUUCAAUGGCACAUCAAGAUAAUUUUUGCCUAGGUAAUGCAGAUUUAGGCUCAUGAUAGGAAGGAACCUUAGAGGGUAACCCAGUCCAACCAGCUCAUUUUAUAAAAGGGGAAACUGCGUUUCAGAGAGUUGUAACUUGCCCUAGGGUGAUCUAGAGAGUAGGAGUCGGUGCCAGCUUGAUCCUUCCUUUUAGGGAGAGAGCUGCAAAAUGUGUAGGAAGUUAAAACCAGAGAGGCAGGGAGGAGGGGGAGGGUUUGGUUUUUGGAGAGAAAGUUGGGGGGUCUGUUAACACUUCUAGUUUGAUACAGAUAGUUUGAGUAGAGGAAAAGGCUUGUUUUCAAAAGGAAAUGGGCUUCUUGAUGGCCAGUGGAGUAAGAGGAGCAUGUGGGCACCUGGCAAAUAUAAAAUGCAGAUUUCUCUGGUAUUCUCCUUUGCUUUCUAGUGGCAAUCUGGACCUAUAGUAUGGAACCCGAGAGCUUUUUGCUUGCCUGGGGCCAUUCUUGUUUUAACCCCAAGCAUUCUGAGUCAGGUUUCCCUGAGGCAUCUGGCUAUGAGGACCUUCAGGUCUUCCAGAAGCUGAGAAGGGGAAGGGGGAACUUUUCCUUAGUUCCCUCCUCCUCCAGCAGGAAGACCAGAACCCUGGUCUGACUCUUAUUGGGAUUAUAAUUGGAAGUGCUAAGCCUAACAUGUUAAAUCAUAUUCCUUGAUCAGUCAGUCCUGUAGUGCCCAGAAUCAGAAGGGCUUUUCUCUCCUCAUCUUGUCUUUGAAGCCUUUGAGGGUGUGAUGAUGAUGGUUUCCAUUUUCUCCAUGAAUCUCUAUCCGCUUCUCAGGUGCUGGAUGAGAGACAGGCAGGUCCUAGACAAGUUCUGCCUCAUAGGAGAAGGCCAAGGGCUAUUAUUGGAUGCUGUUUUCUAAUUUGGUAGUCUUUCAUGACCCACUGAUCUUAUCCCACCCUGUUAUAGUUGCUCCUCCUUAGUAAUAGUUGAUGUCACACUUGGAAAAUCAUCUCCUUUCUUUUCCUCUGUGUGGACAUCAGGGAGCAUAGGACUGGGCGGAUUGGCAGGGGAAAAAGUUGUGGGAGGGGAGCUUUUGUUCCCAGUCCACUUAAGGCCAACCUCAGAAGCAGAAACCUGGGAGGAGCCUUCUCCUCCUCCCUGCUCCAGGACAGGGACUAAGGGCUGAGGGACAGCGAGCCCCAGAGGUCCCCAUCCAGGUAGCUUUCUUCAGAUGCGCUGCUGUGCCCUUCCUCAUCCUCUCCCAGCUUGUGAUACUGGCAGCCUGCUGUGUGAACGUAGUCCACUGAAGGGGGUUGGGGGGAUGUGCUUUGGAAAAGUCUUGAGCUCCGGUUUUUUUCUUUUCUUAUUCUUAUUUGCUUGUGGUUAUUGUUGCUGUCCCUCAUUCAUAGUUGUUAUAUGGCACUCUUUGAGUGACCUUGUGAUUUUGACUAUUGUAAAGAGUUGAAAUAACUACAUAAAUAAAGCUUCUCAGUGUUCUAACCCAGGGA